GUGCGGCGCUCCGGCAUUGCGCAGUUGGGCGUCUUUGCGGCGGAGCGCAUCCCCGCAGACACCCUCCUGAUGGAAUACCACGGGGAGGCGGUGCGGACCUCAGUGGCAGACCUGCGGGAGAAGAGGUAUUCUGCAGCCGGCCUGGGCUGCUACCUGUUCAAUCCGGGCGGUCUCCCUGACGAGGCGGUGGUGCUAGAUGCGACGCACCGCGGCAACAUCAUGCGCUUCGUCAAUCAUUCAUGCGGGCCCAAUUGCGUUUCAAGGACAGUGGUGAUCGAGGGGCAGCGGCGCAUCUUCCUAUUCUCCCUUCACGAGCUGCAUCCGGGUACGGAGCUAACGUAUGAUUACAAACUC